GGUUACCUGGGAGCAGCAUGUGAGGAGUCAGGACUAAGGAACAGGAGGCAGGUGUCGGAUAAGUGACACCGUCACAAGGAGGAGGGGGAGGGUGAAGUGGAGCCAGAGUCUUAAUUAAUUCAAACUCAUUAAUUCAUUUCCUUCGCUGAAAGAAAGAUGCCUCUGGGAUUGCGCGUAAAGAAGAAAAACAAGAGCAAGGAGGUUUCCUCUAAGCUGGUGGAUAGUGACGAAAUAGCCAACAGGGCGUCCGGCUCUGCUGGCAAAGUCUCUUCCAGUGCCAAUGGUGCGGCUGGCCUGCCGCCUCCUCCGGUCAACCUGCGACCCAAGCUUGUGUUUCACACCCAGUUGGCACACGGCAGCCCCACUGGCAGGAUAGAGGGCUUCACUAAUGUUAAGGAGCUGUAUUCUAAGAUUGCAGAGGCAUUCCUAAUCACUCCUGAGGAGAUCCUGUUUUGCACUUUGAACACCCACAAAAUUGAUAUGGAUAAACUCCUGGGUGGACAGAUUGGGCUUGAAGAUUUCAUCUUUGCUCAUGUAAAAGGAACAAAAAAGGAAGUGGAAGUUUUAAAAUCAGAAGAUGCCUUAGGACUUACCAUUACAGACAAUGGAGCAGGAGUUGCUUUCAUUAAGCGCAUUAAAGAAGAGAGCACGAUUGACAAAGUUAAAGUAAUAAAUGUUGGAGAUCAUAUAGAAGCCAUCAAUGGAAAGAAUAUUGUUGGAUCACGCCAUUAUGAAGUUGCCAAGAUGUUAAAAGAAUUAGAAAAGGGACAGCCAUUUACGUUAAAGUUGAUAGAACCUUUGAAAGCUUUUGAAAUGAUCGAACCAAGAGCAAGAGGUGGUAAAACAGAAGGAAAGAUUUCAACGGGAAGAGAAACACUACGGUUACGAUCAAAAGGACCUGCCACUGUAGAAGAAAUGCCCUCUGUAUUUGAAGAAAAAGCAAUAAAAAAAGUUGAUGACCUUCUUGAGAGUUACAUGGGUAUAAGAGACAUUGAACUGGCUGCUACAAUGGUUGAAGCUGGGAGAGAUAAAAAGAACCCUGAUGAGUUUGCUGUGGCACUUGAUGAAGCUUUGGGGGAUUUUGCUUUUCCGGAUGAGUUUGUCUUUGAUGUCUGGGGAGCUAUAGGAGAUGCUAAACAAGGACGCUUUUAAUGCACCACACUGUGAAACUUUUAAUUACUUAUGUAAUUACAUUAUCUUAAUUUUUUAAUAGUAUUACAUCUGGAUAAAAAAUGGAUAAUAGGAAUUGUAUAAACCAGCCACUAAGGAUAUAGGGCGGUGGCAAUUAAACAGUGCAAAGAACCUUUUUUGGUUCAUAUAGCCCAGUUCUCUGUGGGAAAAUAAUAAGAAUUCAACCCAAAUAGAAAUGUGCCCACACUAACCAUAAGCAAUUAUACAGGACCAGCAAACUUAGUCUAAUUUAUUGUGUAACUGCAUAAUACCAAACUAAAUUUUGCUGUGACUUUUUUAUGUUUUGUCUUUAUUACUUCCAAAUAAAGCAAAUAUGAUCAGGAGAUUAUAUAAAGGCCACCGCAUGAACUCUGGAGUUCAAAAAAACAAGAACUGUCACACAUAUAUAUACAUGGACCUAUAUUAUUCCGUAUUGUUUCUUGGUCUUUUUACUUGACUUUACUUGAUUUUUGCAGAUUCAUCCUAUUUCUUUCUUCCUAUAUACAGUAUGGCACCUGAAAAGGGGUGAAUCAGGUCAUUAAAGUUUUAAAUUAGGAAUGUUUGAUACUCUGUCUUGUCAUCCUCCAUAUAUUUGUCUUUUUAUGCACCGGGUUUUAUACACUACUCCACACUUCCAGUAUAUGUACAUUUCAAACUGUGUAUAAUAACCAACACCAGCUUUACAGAUGUACAAACACAAAAACAGAUUUACGUUGAAACCACCUGAUGCAUAAAGCACCAACUACAAUAUGGUAAUCUAGGAAUAAUCACAAACAUUGUACAGGUUAUCCAGAAUGCUCGGGAACUGGGGUUUUACGGAUAACGGAUCUUUCCGUAAUUUGGGUCUUCAUGCCUUAAGUCUAGUAGAAAUUCAAAUAAACAUUAAAUAAUCCCAAUAGGCUGGUUUUGCUUCCAAUAAGGAUUAAUUAUAUAUUAGUUGGGAUCAAGCACAAGCUACUGAUUUAUUAUUACACAGAAAAAGGAAAUCAUUUUUAAAAAUUUGGAUUAUUUGGAUAAAAUGGAGUCAAUGGGAGACAGCCAUUCUGUAAUUCGGAGCUUUCUGGAUAUUGGGUUCCAGAUAAGGGAUUCUAUACCUGCAGUUCUAUCUGCAUUUUAAUUUACUUUAUUAAAUUAAUUAGGAUUUUUUUUAUCACAUCCCUACAUUCUUAUAUGCUGUAUAUGAUUCAUACAUUCCUAUAUAUACAGUCAAGGUUUUUCUCCUAAAACUGCAACUGAAAGUAAUAUGUUUAUUGUAAUUCUUAUUAGUUUAGGCAGUGAUGUGUAGCACAUUUUCUUCAGUGAAAUGCAAAUAUAAUCAAUAUAAACAUGUUGCUACUUUACACAGCAUAUUGAGGGAUAUGUGUAGAAGAAAUUAUAGUUGUAAAUUUGAUCAUAGUACUUUCAUCAAAACGACAUGAAAUGGUUUUGAGGGAACUUUUCAGUUUGCAGAAAAUUCAUUAAUCAGUGAUAGGAAAAAGUAGUAGCUACGUCUAUUUGUCUCACUGAUUUACAUUUGUUGUUGCCUAGUUUGUAGGAAUUCUCUUAUCCCUACGUUGAUGUGAAUAAGUAAAAAUUAUAAACAACUUUUCUUAUUAUUAUUAAUGGUACUGUGAUUUUUUUGCUAUACUUUUUCUGAUAAAUAACAAUGGUCCCCUUGUACAUUAAACAAAAAUGUUUACUUGUAUAAAUGUGAUUUCAUGUAGUGCAUUCCUUAAGCCUUUCACACAGUCUUAUUCUUACAAGAAAUUACCCUUAAUGUGAUUUUUAACCUGUAUGUUUUGUACAAAGUAUUGUUUGGAACAUUGUUAUAUAUUUUUGUUGCAAUAUCACAAAAUAAUAAAAAUAUUACAGUGGAUAAUGUCUGAUUUACACGUCAAUUUUUAAGUAUUACAGCAUUAACUUUUAUUGCCAUUUAUCAUACUCUGUUUAUUAAAACUGAAACACAGUAA